AUGAGUAUUGGACCAAAUUCACCGCAAGAACAAAAUGCUUUUUCAAACUUAGAUCAAGACCUCAAAAGGUCACGAUUGUUGAAAUAUAGGAACAGUGAAGACGAAGUCAAGUCAUACAUUCAAAAUAUUUUGAAUGUUCCUGAAAAGGUAAUACUUGAAUAUGAAAAAAGAGACAUGGAUUUAGUUGAUAUGCUCAAGGAUGGGGAAUUACUAUGUAAUUUGGGAAGCUUGACUCAGAUUCCUGAAAACCCUUGUACAAAAUACAAGAACUCGAAAAUGUCUUUUGUGCAAAUGGAAAACAUAUCGUUCUUUUUGAGCUUAUGUCAUCUAAUUGGUGUUGCUCAAGACGAGAUCUUUCAAACUGUUGAUUUGUUUGAGCGCAAAGAUCCUUACCAAGUAGUCGUCACUAUCAUAGCAUUCUCCAGAGUUGCACAUAAGAUUAAUCCACUCAAAUUUCCUAUAAUCAUUGGACCCAGGGUGAGCAAGGUUAAGCCAAGUAUUCCAAAGAAGCCAAUAAACUUACGAUCUUAG